CGCAGCAGAAAACAUAUCAUAUCUAGCCCUGCCGCAAGAACUUUGGCCUGAGUAGUCUCGUGCUUACCGAUCCAUGGCUGCGUGAGCGAUCAAUCGAACCUAGUACCUCAUAUUUUUCAGUCCCCUCGUUCUGACGAAUCUUGAUAUGUGCCGCUGGUGUCCAUUGAGAGGACAUUGCCCGCGGCAUGAGUAAUUACAACUUUUCUUCAUGGCUACUCCACUUCCUCAUCAAAACGCUCGUUGUUCACAGCUUUGACCGUGUCCAAACUAAGUCAUAUAUCACCCCCUGGUGUGAGGUAUAUUUUUCUUUGAUGCUCAGCUUGUGGUUUCCGUCAACUUUUGCAGAAAGAUCCGUGACCGCCGAAGCGCUGCACUACUAUAUUCCCGCGUCUACCUCGAUCGGAUCGAUUACUUUCCGGCCGUUGUUGAGAACUACCAAUGGAACGCUGGAACUCGCCAAAUUUUUCACAGGUAGUCGGACAUGAUGGUAGCAAUGUU